AAAAUUUCGAAACGGAAAAUGGGGUCAUGGAUGUGAUUUAUUUUAAAUAAAUCAAGUGAAAUACAUUUGUGCCGCAGCAAAAGUAAUAACGGACUACUAAAAAUAGCGUAAACGCAAAAAUAUUCACUGCUUAACUCAAGAAGUCGAGUAAAUGAGAAGUUUCAAAAAUUAAUUGAACAAAAACAUGUACGAGAGCAAGGACAAUUUUAAUAGUAAGAGCUCUGCACACGCUAAGUAUAACUGCGAACAUAUUGGAAAAUCAACAUAUGAUCAUGCUUUGGAUACCGAACCGAGUGCUAAUAAACAUCAUCUUCAAAUACGCAUAGAUAGCGUCGAUGAUGAGAGCACCGCACCAAUUACCGAAUCAAAUUCACAUGAGGACCUCAUAUCGAGUAGUGAGCGCUUUGUCGAGACUUCACGAGACUUUCCACGAUUUUUAUCGGUACCUGCUUUACGUAACUGCCGUCCAUACUCCGAGAAAGUGGAGAAACGUCAAAUUUCAUCUAGUCCAGCCAAAAGUGAACGAAUAGUGCGCUCUCAUCUAAUGGAGGGAAAAAUACAGACUAGACGAUUAAGUCAGGACAGUGGUAUCGUUUCAGGUCGCCUGUUUGCCGGAUUGGAAAACACAUUCCUUCGUACGGUGGCACCUACUAAGCACUUUACAAAAUCCUCUGAUAAUUUGUAUAAUUUUCUCAUAAGUGAGGCUGCUACAAGUGCCUAUAGCCAAGAAAAAGAAAAACAACAAAUUUCUAAUGAAGAGCAACGAGCAACUGAAGAAAACUCACCGGAUGAAAUAUCAUGCACACCCAUUCCACGCGAAUCACAGACAGUAUUGCCAAAAACUUCGUAUACCGAAAAAUGGCUGAAUUCGACGAUGUCGCGAGCUUUUGGUUAUCUAAAGUCGAAUACCAUUGCUAUACCACUGCCUACUCAUAUUGAAACAGAUUCAGCAGAACCAAGUCCAACACAAGCUUUUGGGCCGAAGAUUGUAAAUGCAGAAGAUAUUCCUGGUACAGCAAUGCGACGAGGACUCGACCCUUAUUUGAGUACAUCACUUGUUGGGUCAGAGCAGUCGGCUUUUGAUAAAUUGACAAAUGACCACACCGAAAUAUUGAGCUCUACACAUGCAAAUGUUUUACAGGAUCAGUUCGGCUACAAACAGCUAUUACCUGUGUCCCGUAAAAGCGCAAAAAGUUCUGUGACUGAAGGUAGUUUCGUCGACAGCCACAGUUCUAGUCGCAAAAGUAGCAAAAGUCAUAGUAUGGGUGGAGAUGAAAAUGAUAUGCGUCGCAUUAGUAAGCAGGAUAGAGAGGGUCUCGAUCCCGAAUCUCUCAUGUUUCGAGAUGGACGUCGUAAAGUCGACAUGGUGCUGGCAUGGGAAGAAGAAGACUUUGGUGUAAUGACAGAGGCAGAAUCCCGUAGACGUGACUAUCGACGUUGUUUCAUGGAAAACUUGAUUAAAGAAGGCCUAGAAGUUGAACUCGAAGAUAAAACACAGUCUUUCAACGAAAAAACAUAUUUUUUAAAAAUUCAUCUACCUUGGCGGUUAGAAACGCGACUUGCAGAAGUAAUGAAUUUAAAGUUGCCAAUCAAACGAUUUAUUACAAUAUCGGUGAAGGCAUCAUGGGAUGAUGAAAACGUCGUCGCGCGAAAUAUGCAUUAUUGGAAAGCUGUGUGGAAUCGACUAACGCGCAAAAUUCAGCUCGAUCAAAGUGUUAUAGAAGGCGAAACAACUUUCAAGGCGGCUACUGCCAAUGGCAAUGCCGAGGAACAAUUUAUUGUCAAAGAUCGUGCCACUGCAUAUACCAGCGCCCAACGUUCACUAAUGGUUAUGCAAGUACUUAUUCGUACACCAUUUGACGAUAGUGAUCGCGUCGGUAUUCGUCGUUUGCUUAAUGACUCCACUUAUUUGGCUUGUUUUCCUUUGCAUGAAGGCCGCUACGAUCGCCCUCAUUCUAGUGGCGUUUCAUUUGACCGCCGUUUGUUAUAUCUGACAUGGGCACACCCUUCGCAAUGGUAUAAAAAGCAACCAUUGUGCUUGGUUCGAAAAUACUUCGGUGACAAAAUAGCACUUUACUUUUGUUGGCUGGGAUUCUACACUGAAAUGCUCGUUUACCCAGCAGUAGUAGGCACAUUGUGUUUUCUAUACGGCCUUGCAUCGCUAGAUUCAGAAGAUAACACACCCAGUAAAGAGAUUUGUAAUGAAUACGGAACGGGAAAUAUUACACUCUGCCCGCUGUGUGAUAAGGCUUGCAGUUAUCAACAUCUGUAUGAGUCAUGUCUGUUUUCGCGACUAACAUAUCUCUUCGACAAUCCAUCUACAGUAUUUUUUGCAAUAUUCAUGUCGUUUUGGGCAACAACUUUUCUGGAGUUAUGGAAGCGUAAGCAAUCUAUAAUUGUCUGGGAAUGGGAUUUACACAACGUCGAAUCCGAUGAAGAAAAUCGUCCGGAGUUUGAAACAAACGCCACCACGUACCGUAUGAAUCCCGUAACGCGAGAAAAAGAGCCUUACAUGUCUACAUGGAGUAGGGCAAUUCGUUUUGUUAUCACCGGCAGUGCUGUUUUGUUUAUGAUUUCUGUAGUGUUAUCUGCUGUUUUGGGUACUAUCAUAUACCGUAUUUCGCUAGUUUCAGUCAUUUACGGUGGUGGAGGGUUUUUCGUUAAAGAACAUGCAAAAUUGUUUACAACUGUUACUGCGGCUUUGAUAAAUCUGAUCGUUAUUAUGAUAUUGACAAGAAUAUACCAUCGUAUGGCCAUUAGACUUACGAAUUUGGAAAACCCUCGGACCCAUACCGAAUACGAAGACUCAUAUACUUUCAAAAUAUUUUUCUUUGAGUUUAUGAAUUUCUACUCUUCGCUUAUAUAUAUAGCAUUUUUCAAAGGGCGAUUCUUUGAUUAUCCUGGGGACGAUCAAGCGCGUCGUAGUGAAUUUUUCCGUCUCAAAAAUGAUAUUUGCGAUCCGGCUGGUUGUUUAUCAGAACUAUGCAUCCAAUUGGCUAUCAUUAUGGUGGGCAAGCAGUGCUGGAAUAAUUUUAUGGAGUACUUAUUCCCGAAAUUCUACAAUUGGUGGCGACAUCGCAAGCACAAAGCGGCUACCAAAGAUGUUACUCAUUUACAUAUGGCCUGGGAGCAAGACUAUCACAUGCAAGAUCCCGGGCGUCUAGCUUUGUUCGAUGAAUAUCUCGAAAUGAUACUCCAAUACGGCUUCGUGACUUUAUUCGUGGCUGCAUUCCCUUUGGCUCCACUUUUUGCACUACUCAACAACGUUGCCGAAAUUCGUUUGGACGCAUACAAAAUGGUAACGCAGGCGCGAAGACCUUUGGCGGAGCGUGUUGAGGACAUAGGCGCAUGGUAUGGCAUUCUGCGUAUUAUCACUUAUACAGCAGUAGUGUCCAAUGCUUUCGUAAUAGCCUAUACCAGCGAUUUUAUUCCUCGUAUGGUCUACAAAUUCGUAUAUUCCAAUACGAAUACACUCGUUGGAUAUAUAGAACAUUCGCUAUCAACUUUUAAUACAUCCGACUACAAAGAAGAAUGGGGAGCUACAAGCAACGAAAAAGAUCCAGAUGUAUGCCAGUAUCGCGGUUAUCGCAACGGCCCACAUGAUCCCGAGCCCUAUGGCUUAAGCCCACAUUAUUGGCAUGUUUUCGCAGCUCGCUUGGCUUUUGUUGUCGUUUUCGAGCAUGUAGUAUUUGUUAUAACUGGCAUAAUGCAGUUUAUAAUUCCUGACAUACCCGCCGAAGUGAAAACACAAAUGCAGCGCGAACAGUUACUUGCAAAGGAGACUAAGUAUCAGCACGGCAUUAAGCGUGCACAGCAGGGAGAUAAUCAGGAUUUAUUGAGCAUCUUUCGAGAUGCGGGAAGCCGUAGUAGUGGCGCUACUCUGGGUGCAAGCGGGUUUGUUGGGCGCGGUAGUUGGGCGCGGCGUUUCAGUCGUCUAAGUGAUGGUUUGGAUGCACACGUAGAAGUUGCGGCAAGACCGCGGCGCUCAGUUGAAUCGACGGUGUGGGAGGUUUCUUGACAUGAGGAGGAACAGGAAAGCCAUAAUCCAACCACAUUUGCCAAAAACUAAGAUAUGUUACAACUUAACAACCUGAUCUUUAAAAUAUUGGCAACAAGUGCUAAAAAAUUAAAGUUGAUUUUAGACAUUAUAAAACUUAAAUAAGGGUAUUCGCGGUCUAUUAUUAUAUUGGCAAUAAAAGUAAAGAAA